AUUUUUACACGGGGCGUAGACAAUGAAGAGCUUUAAAAGCCGCCUGUGGCUGCCUCUUUACACAAAGCAAACCUGCUUCUCUCAUUUGAAGAGUAUCUGAAGGGAUUUCCAGCUAUGCUCUGCUACGUUCUGCUGCUCGCCCUAGUGGCCCAGGGCUGGAGCCACCCUCCUGGAAAGCCAGGAGAUGAAUCAUCAGUCGCCAGGCCUCGUCCUCCUCCACCACCUAAAGGCACCGGCCUUCUUCCUCCUCCUCCUCCUCCACCACCUAAAGGCACCGGCCUUCCUCCUCCACCACCUAAAGGCACCGGCCUUCCUCCUCCUCCACCACCAAAAGGCUCCGGCCUUCCUCCACCUGUCAGCCACGACCUGAACAACCCACUGGGACACCCUGAGGAGCUCAGGACUGGAGCACCCUUACCUCCAAGAAAUUCACCCAAGGAACCUGAGCAUGGCAGACAUAAGAGACACCUUCAUCAUGGGAAUGUUGCCCCUACUGAUGUCCCACAUCACACAGGAAUCCACAGUGACAGUGGUGAAAUAAGCCAUCCUCCCAGACUAAACCACAACAAACCCGAGCAUGGAAGACAUAGUAAAGAUCUUCACCAUGGGAAAGCUCGCCCUACUGGGGUCCCUCAUCAUACAGGAGAUUCCAACAGUGGUGAAAUAAGCCACCCUCCCAGACCAAACCAAUCCGCCUUCACCCACAAUGACAAGUCAAGUGAAGAAAAGAAAAAGGAACAUGGUCGUAAGAAAGGCAAGAAGCAUUAGAAAACAUUAUGACAAGAAAAACCAAGAGCAUACCAAGCUGAUUGGAUGAAUAUAUUAUUUACAGUUAUGCAAAUACCAAUAAAAUCAUGCUAAAUAUUC